AUGAUCCGGAGAGGAAUGGUCCGUCUCGACCGCAGCGCCGGGGAAGAUAACGGACGCGGAAGUGGCACUCUGAGGGAUGGCGGCCCGAGGCCCCGGAUUCCACCUGUUCGCAGACUUCGUCUCCACCUGUUCGCGGACUUUUCUUCCGGGCCCUCUCGGCUCGGUCUCGAGAGGCUCGACGAGUACGGAAUCGCCCGUUCGGCGGUUCUGCGGUGCAACUGGCCGCGUGGGAAGGUGCUCGGCGGAUCCUCGGUUCUCAAUUACAUGCUCUACGUGCGAGGGAACAAGAAGGACUACGACAUCUGGGAACAUCUGGGCAACUACGGCUGGGGCUUCAAAGACGUCCUCUACUACUUCAAGAAGUCCGAGGACAAUCAGAAUCCCUACAUCGCCCGAAACAAAAAGUAUCACGGAGUCGGAGGAUACUUGACGGUGAUGGAGCCUCCUUGGAGGUCCCCGUUGUCCGUGGCCUUCGUGGAGGCCGGCAUCGAGAUGGGAUACGAGAACUUGGACUUCAACGCACACCAGCAGACAGGUUUCAUGAUCCCCCAAGGGACGAUCCGACGAGGAGCUCGAUGCAGCACGGCCAAGGCCUUCCUUCGACCCGUCCGCCUUCGACCCAACUUGGACGUCUCCAUGAGGUCCUUCGUCCACAAGGUCCUGAUCGACAACCACAAGCGGGCCUGGGCCGUGAAGUUCGAGAAGGACGGGAACAUCAGGAAGGUGAAGGCCCGGAAGGAGAUCAUCUUGUGUGCGGGCGCCGUGGGAAGCCCGCAUAUACUCAUGGUGUCCGGGGUGGGGCCCAGGGCGCACCUCGAGGAACACGGGAUCCACGUCCACUCGGACCUGAAGGUCGGGUACAAUCUGCAAGAUCACAUCGGAAUCGGGGGGCUCACGUUCCUCAUCAAGGAGCCGGUGGCGCUCAUUCAGUCCCGAUUCGAGAACAUUCCGUCCAUUCUCAAGUACGCCAUGUUUGGCAAAGGUCCCCUGACGGUGUUGGGCGGAAUCGAGGGGCUGGCCUUCAUCAACACGAAAUACGCGAACAAGUCCGACGAUUUUCCGGACGUCGAGUUCCACUUCACGUCGGGGACAGCUGCGUCAGACGGCGGAAGGCAGAUCAGGCGCAUUCACGGGCUCAACAAUCGGGUCUGGCACGAAUACUACAAGCCCAUCGCUUUCAAAGAUAAUUGGACGGCCUUCCCCACUCUCUUGAGACCGAAGAGCCACGGGGUGAUCAAACUGAGGAGCAGAAACCCGCACGACUACCCUCUCAUCUAUCCGAACUAUCUGACGAACCCGGAUGAUGUGGCCCGACUCGUCGAAGGCAUGAAGUUGGUGGUGGUGAUGUCGGAGACGAAGGCGUUCAAGCGUUACGGGUCGAAACUGUAUCGGAAGCCCUUCCCGGGCUGCGAACACAUCCAGCUAUACACGGAUGCAUACUGGGAAUGCAUAGUGAGGGGCUACACGGAGACCAUCUACCAUCCGGCAGGCACGGCCAAGAUGGGACCUCACUGGGAUAAGGAAGCCGUCGUCGAUCCGGAACUCAGGGUGUACGGGAUCGAAGGGCUUCGGGUGGCGGAUUGUUCCAUCAUGCCGAUCAUCGUCUCGGGGAAUACGAAUGCCCCCGUGAUCAUGAUCGGCGAGAAGGUGGCCGACAUGGUGAAGGCCACUUGGGGCAAGCAUCGGUGAUUUCGUCGCGCCGAUGCAAAAAUAUGCAUUCCCAGCUGUGAUCCUGUAUCGUCGUGUCGUUUUUCGUGUCGGAAGCCAUCGUCAUCGUCUGCUGCUUCUGCAGUUUAUUUUAACGGAGGCCAAAAAUGAGAAAAUGGGGGCGGAUGUUUGUCGGUGA